AACAAAAAGGUCCAACUUUCUUCGUACACUUUUUCCAAGCAUCUAAACUGGCUUUCAAUAAUCACCAUAAAGGGUUUGAUAACUCAUUGAAACAUUAGCAUUAAUCAAUAUGGAAGAAAUGAAGGAAAUUGAGCACAUAAUACGAGAUUAUCAACAAGAGCGAUAUCCUUCGCCUGAAGAGACCCGAAAGAAUAAUGCCACCAUAUUAUAUAAACGAAAGAAGUUCUUUCUUGGAGAGUUACGACAUUCAUUUAGAUUCAUGGGAUUCCUAUUGAUUGUGAUUGUUUACUUGCGAGAUUUGUCUACCACCGGCUUGGUUCUAAGAGGGUUUUCCCAGUACACUUUAUCCAAUCCAUACCCAUCAUUGCAUUUAUACACAGAGGAAUCUAAAAAGGGUUUGAGUAAGUUUUUACUUCUAACGGUGAUAGUGUUGAAUGGGUUCUAUACACUUAUCCACUUGGUGUUUGGUGCUUAUUCUUCACCACCGCAUGGGGACAAACAUUUUUUACAUGGAAGUCUGACAAUUGAGUUCAUAGGAGAAAGAGUACCAUUUGGUAGAUUGGAGUUGCUUAUUCUCGACGUAAUGAUAUUCUUUUUUCAAGUGGUCCUCCAUAACUUAAUGUGCUAUGUUCAAGAUUUUGAGAUUCUACUGGUGACAGUCCCUCAUGAUUCCAUCUCCAAUCCCACACAAGAUAUUCAUCUGGAAUGGAAGGUGCACAACGACUGCGACGGAUACAAUGGCGAUGUGGUACUUUUGUGCCUUGAUAUUAUCAGCAAUAUCAAGGUGAUCUUGAGUUACCGUGGUGGGUUUACGCUUUCUCCUCAGGAAGAAGAAAGAGCCGGCCAGCCACGCCCUGUUGCUGAGAUUCCAUACCCUAUUCCCGGUUCCUUUUCAUAAAAGCACUUGUCUCUUUCCUUACCAAUAUACGAGAUCUUAUG